AUGCUCGCAUGCGACGUGGUCGUAUCUUGCAACGGAGAAGCCACUAUCGUGUCCACUGGACUAAUCCGUCCCUUCGCGUCGCACAUCAAGGCCGUGGACGACCAAUUCAAGAGCGGCGCGCACCUGAUUAAGCUCGACCCGCGCGAAUGCCGCGAGUUUCUAGAUCGGCAGCGGCUAAAACAUCCGCUAGCAGCAGCAGCAGCGGAGGAGGACCAAGCAGAGGAGGACACGCUUCUCGGCUGGUUCAACCUGAAAACCGUUGAGAGGAUAAUAACAUUCGUGAAGUCACCCGGGCUGCUGGAGCACGCGGUGACGAUCGAGGCGGAGUUGCAGAGCCUAGACGACACCAUCCAUACCCCCGCCGCUGCCUCUGAGCCGUUUCAGGCGGAGCCGCUACUGGACGGCAGCGACGGCAGAGUGGAGGAGGCCCUGAGAGGGGCGACGCCGCUGAGAGACCGCCUCUCUGGCCGACGAGCGUCGUCUCGCUCGCCGUCUCCCGCCCGAAGCCUUGUCAGUGCUCACAUCCCCGCUCGUGCUCACGUCCCCCUUGUGCUCAAAUCCGCUCGUGCUCAAAUCCGCUCGUGCUCACAUCCGCUCGUGCUCACAUCCGCUCGUGCUCACAUCCGUUCGUGCUCACAUCCGCUCGUCCUCACAUCCGCUCGUGCUCACAUCCGCUCGUCCUCACAUCCGCUCGUGCUCACAUCCCGCUCGUGCUCACAUCCCGCUCGUGCUCACAUCCCGCUCGUGCUCACGUCCCCGCUCGUGUUGACGGUCGUUCCCAGCGGAUUCAAGACGGAUGCGUCCAGCGAUAGCGGCGAGCGCGAGAGUCACCUGCGCCGCGCCAAGGACGUGCGCACGGCCAUGCUCAAGCGCGAGCAAGGAGUGGCAAUCGCGCGCGCAGCGGCGGCGGGAUUCUCCCCCGACGUGGUGCCGCUGCUGCUCUGUUUCGCGGAUUGCUUCGGAGCCGUCCGAUUGAAGCACGCGUGCGUGAAGUUCUCCUCCCUCGUCCGCCGCCAAGACUCUGCCUACGCGGAAAGCCUCACGCGCGCGCAACUCGCGCAGGCCGCCGCGCAGCCCGGCGGCGGCGCAAGCGCAGGCGCGGGCAGGGGCGCGGGCGCUGCACCGCCGGUGCAGCCACUGCCGCCGCAGCAGCAGGCGUUUGGACUGGCGGGGGGACGGGGCGGCGGAAUCUGGUUACCCGACGGCCACGUCACCGGUAACACGGUUACAGGGACUCCCGGGGGCUAUUACCCCUUAGUUCCGCUGUUUAACGGGGCUAUGCCCAGCGGUAUCCCCGGCGCUAUGGGCCCAGGGAUAUCUCCCUCUACCGGGACCCCUGUAACUUACGGCCUCGUCGGUCCCAAUGGGGAGAUUUACGCUGUUGCCGGGGGCAGCGGCGGCAUGGCCGGAAUGGGUGGCGGUAUAGGCGGCACAAUGGGUGGCGCAACUCUCGGCGGGACGGGGGCGGGUGGUUGGGGAAGUGCCCCUGGUUUUGCAGGGUAUAAUAGCCCGUUUUCCACGCCCGGGGGUUGGUCUGGGGAGGACCAAUCAGAAUGGAGCACGGACGAUACUAACGGAAGGGGCGGGUACGGAACUGGGCCGGCCGCGUAUCGCGGCGACUCGCCCGCGGCCGCUAGACGGCGCCGGCCGUUCAAGUCCAAGUCGGCUAGCCGGUUAAUGCCGUGGCAGCAGCGGCCGUGGAGCGCGGCGGGGUUCGCGGCGAGUAAUGCGGGGGCGUGGACAGAUUUGUCGGAUACGAGCAGUGCGGUGUUUGGUAGGGACGAUGUGACUGAACCGAGUGUGCUUUUUCCGGGGAGGAAUUUGGUAGAGGACAGCAGCGUCGCGAGCUCUGUCGCAGAGAACCAGCUCAGCUGCUCGGCGAGCCCGCUGCGACCAGCGAACAGCCGCGCGACGUCGCCCAGGUCGCGCGCGUCGUCGCCUAUGUCGCGCGCAACGUCGCAGGAUCUGAGGGAUUUUGUCCAAGGGCUGCAGAGGAGAGGCGCGAAGGGGGAACCGGGGGUCGGCGGAACCGGCGCGGGGAGGGAGGCGGCAAGCGGGUUGGACUUAGCCGCCGCUGCGAUGGGGAUGAAAUCGGACGGCGGAGCGUUGAUCAGGAGCGGGAGUGGCCACGGGAGGGCGUCGCAUAUCUCGCCUAUCAUCCGCUCUCAGUCCGCGUAUCAUCUCGAAAUGGAGAUUAUGGCCGGGUGGGGAGAGGCGGAAGACGAGGGGGAGGAAGACGUCAUGAAGGGGGAGGCGCUCCGCAACUCCCUGGAGGCUGGCGCGGGGACGGGCGGAAGGGGAGGUGGGGGGGCAGCUGCGGGGAGAGGUGCGGGGAGAGGAGGUGGGGGAGUGACGGAAGCGAGGAGGGCAGUGGGGGGGAGAGGUAACGGGGGUGUGGCGCCUGGGAACCGUGCUGAGGGGAUGGGGUUUGGCGGAAUGGGCGCUUUGGCGCGGAGCAGGAGCAUUGGGAGCGCGGGGAGAGGGGGAGGAGCCGGCAGGGGGCGUGGCGGUGGGGGAGUGGGAGGCGGAGGGGGAACGGGGGCGAUGAGUGUGCAGGAGAGGGCGAUGAUGGUGAUGGAGAGGAAGCAACAGGAGGCUGCCAAACGCAGGGAGGAGGAGAAGCGUCGGCAGGAGGAAGCAAGGCAGCAGCGGCUCCACCGCAGCUCCUCCCUCGUGCGCUCCUCCUCCUCCUCUGCCUCGCUCUCCGAGCGUCGCCGGUCCCUCUCCUCCGCCUCCCACCCAGCCAGUGCUUCCGCUUCUGGUGCUGAGGUUGCAACUUCAGCCAGGGCUGCACGUGCGGCUGCUGCUCCAACCAGCACUUUCGCCACCCAAAAGAAGCAGCAGCUACCCUCCCCACGCUCCACUGCCUAUCGUCGCCCCCUCUCUGCUCCUCGCACCUCCAGGCCUAGUUCUGCUGGUGGUGGUGCUGCUUCUCGCACGCUCUCCUCUUCCUCCUCUCUCACGGCUCCUACUGCUGCUUCUGCAGCCAAAGCAGCAGCUGCGAGUGCAGGUUCCCCUGCUACCACCUCUGCUGCAGCCGCCUCUGCUGCAAUUGUGUCUCGUGCCCGUGCCCGCGCUCCGAGCCCCGAUCUCUACCGCACAGGCAAGCUCGGGCAGCAAAACGGGCAGCAGCGAAUCUCUCAGAACGUCCCAGGAAGCCGCUUGCAAGGCGCAGCUGCUGCGGGCAUAAGGGGCGGGGUUGGCUAUGAGGAGGACAGGCAGCGGGGGGAGGUGGUUCUGUGGGAGGCUGGAGCAGAGGAGCUUGUUCUUCUGCCUGCUGGGAACGCCCUUGGGCCUGUGGUGCAGUAUGGAGGCAAGGGUGGGUGGGAAAGGAGCUGA